CCCAUUUAUUUCGCUGACCUUUCUUCUCUGCCCAUCUCUUCAUUUACACUAAGCACAUAUAGUAUCCUUUGUCUCUUUAGCUCUCAAAUUUAAAUUUCUUUUUUCUCUCUCUUUUUAUGUUUUCUUUCUUUGGUUUUUGUGUUAUAUAAAGAGCAAGGAACCUACAUACCUUCCUUGCUGCUUUUCGCUAGCAAUAUUAUGGGUCGAUCACCGUGCUGUGACAAAGUUGGCUUGAAGAAAGGACCAUGGACACCUGAAGAAGAUCAGAAACUCUUAGCUUAUAUUGAAGAACAUGGCCAUGGAAGCUGGCGUGCCUUGCCAGCUAAAGCAGGUCUUCAAAGAUGUGGAAAGAGCUGCAGGCUUAGAUGGACUAAUUAUCUAAGACCAGAUAUCAAGAGAGGAAAGUUCAGUUUGCAAGAAGAGCAAACCAUUAUUCAACUUCAUGCCCUCUUAGGCAACAGGUGGUCGGCUAUAGCAACUCAUUUGCCGAAAAGAACAGAUAAUGAGAUCAAAAACUAUUGGAAUACACAUCUUAAGAAAAGAUUAGCCAAAAUGGGGAUUGAUCCUGUUACCCACAAGCCAAAAAAUGAUGCCUUACUUUCUAGCGACGGUCAAUCCAAGAAUGCUGCGAAUCUUAGUCACAUGGCGCAGUGGGAAAGCGCCAGGCUCGAAGCUGAGGCUAGAUUGGUUAGAGAAUCCAAGCUCCGUUCACAUUCAUUUCAGCACCAGCUUAGCUCUACAGGGUACGUUCCCGCUUCAGGUUCAGGUUCUGCUUCAUCUCAGCCACAGCGACCUCUUGAUGUAAUAAAAGGUUGUUGGAAUGGUGGGUGGAGUAAGUCUACUGACGGUAAUAACAAUGGCGGGAAUGGUCUAAACACUGGAAUUGGAUGCGAUCUUGAGUCUCCAACAUCUACUCUUACUUACUCAGAAAAUGCACCACCUGUCCUGAAUUCUUCAGGAAUUGGAGGGGAUAAUUCAAUUCCCAUGAUUGAUUUAGUUGGUACUACUUCAGGUUCAUCAGAGACAGGAAUCGUCAAAGAAGAAGGUGAAAAUCAAGAUUGGAAAAUCCUUGGGAAUUCAAGCCACGAUCAUCAUCAGCAUCUACCUCCUGACAAUUCAGUUUCUUUUACUUCUAGUCAUCAUCAUGACAUGACAAUUUCCAUGGAAGGUCCAUGGACUCCUGAGUCAUUAAGGUUAAGUACUAGCAGUCAUAUUCAUGCUGACCAUGUCAUGGAAGAAGGUUUCACUAAUCUCUUGCUUAAUGAUUCCACUGACCGGAGUUUAUCCGACAGCGGUAAGGAAUCAGAUAAUAGUGGCGGCAGUGGCAAUGGCAGUGAUUAUUACGAAGAUAACAAGAAUUAUUGGAACAGCAUUCUUAAUUUAGUGAAUUCUUCUCCGUCUGAUUCGCCAAUGUUCUAAGAUUACAAAACCAUGGCCACAAUAUGUUCUUGCUAAAAAGUCAUGCAGAAAUUAUUAGUGUUGCUAUAGCAUAUAUUUCUCUCAACUGAACUGUAGUCAAAUUGAUCUAUUCUCUUUUCUUUUUCUUUCAAAUUCAAUUUGUCCUUAGAAGUGAUUAUAGAA